GAGCGUAAUUUCCAGGGGCUGAUAAAUAGGGUCCAGUUUGUCUCUCUCUCUCUCUCUCUCUCUCUCUCUCUAUCAGCUCGCUCUCAACAUGGAGCCCAACAGCCCCAAGAAAAUUCAGUUUGCCGUUCCACUUUUCCAGAGUCAGUUGGAUCCCCAGGCGGCUGAGCAUAUUCGCAAGCGCAGACCAACUCCAGCCACACUGGUCAUCUACAACGAGCCCAACGCAUCAGGCGAUGAUAAACAGACUACAGGCAGUCAAAUGGAGGCCCAGCUGUCUCCCGCCCAGAGGAAACAGAGCGUCUACACACCACCUACAAUGAGAGAGCUGCAGCUGGUGGUGGAGCAGCACUUUCAGAAGCAGGAGCAGCAGGAGGCGGGGCUCUCUGACAGCCCAGACACGCCCAGUCCAAUCACAGCACAGCAAUUUGACAACCAAGCUCAGUGGGCCAAUCACAACAGCUCAGAGCCCAAUGGCAAUGAGUCUUAUGUCAGUUCUGAGGGGCAGCCAGGCAGCAGUGGGGAUGGGGGUAGAGAGCACAGUGAUAGCCAGCAGGAGGAGAGAGAGAGCCAUCCUCCUCCCAGACUCUCUCAAAAACACCUGGACACUCUAUCAGAGGAACCUGGAGAUCUGUCGCCACGACGCAAAGACACACCUUACCAGCACCAGCCACCCUUCAUUCCUGGGGGGAAGCUGCUGACUAACCUGACAGAAUCUUCUUCACCUUUCCAGGAGGAUGAGGAAAACAGCGGGGAGAAGAAAGUCCAUCAGACAGAGUAACGACAAAGUGACAUCAUUCAUAGUAUUGUUUGGAAGCUAUUUUGGUUACACCUUGUUCCUAUUUUUUUUUUUUUCUGUGUUGAAAUUGUUAGCAGGUGAAAUGUCCCAACUGUGUGCAGAUUUUGAAAAUGAAUGCAGUAAUUUCACUCCAAAAUGCAAUGAGAUCUAAAAGUCUGAGUUUAUUCAUGUAAAGAUUGAAAUAAACAGAAAGUUUUGGAUUUUGAAACAUUUAUUUUUAGGUCACUAAUCAAACAUAAGCUAAUUUUUCACAUUGGCCACAAGACAUCAGACUUUUGGACCCCACUGUAUAUUCUCUAUUGUUUUUUCAUGUUGUUGUAUUUCAUCAUCGCCUGAUGGCUCUUUAGUGUUUUCUAUGAACUUCAAAUUGUAAUAUGAAAAUGUUACAUUACAAAACUGAUACUCCGCCAAUGUUUUAGCAAUACAAGGGGAGAAUUGCAAAUCACAUCCUAACACAUUAUUUUUUAUCACCUCAUGUAGAAAGAGCUAGAAGCUUUGUAGGAUCUUUCUCUCACAAAAGCAUUAUUUUUGUAGGUAUGGCUGUUUUGUAUGCAGACGUGACUCUGAAGUCCCACAUGGCUGUUGUACAGCUCGCCGAGUCUCUGAUAUGAGUUUCUGAAAUGUGGGGAUCGUACAUAGAGUUGAAGCUAGAUACAUACAUACUCACAUGGUCAUUGCAUUAUUUUAGAUCUGCUAUAACAUACACAAAAAUAUUUUUUUAGAAUCAUCAUCCUGCCUUAUAAUUUUAUAAUAUAAAGUUGAAGACAUGGGAAAUUUUGUGGUUUGUGUAAAUCAGUCUGAGCAGCUAAGAGCUCUUUUAUGCUGCUGUUUUAUUGAGGUCACUGACAGAUUAAAAAAAGUUUUAAAGUUCAUUUUUUCCCCAAAGAUUAUUGCAUCCAAAUACAUAUUUCCCUCCUCUGCCAGCCAAUUGUAUGUGUAUUACAAAAUUAAAUUGAUUUGCAACAAAAGUUGUUUUUAAAUGCUAAACAUGUCUGGGUGAAUAUAACAAAUAACGUUAUAUUAUUUGUUAUAAUAUCUAAAAAAUAAUAAUAAAAAAACAACAUCUAAAAUUCCCAGAGGAAAAAUCUCCUUAUUGUAAUGCAAAAAAAAACGGGACUGAUUUUAAUUCAUGCAGGUUGAAAUAAAAAAAAAAUGUAUGUGUUCAGAAAGAUGAUUUUCAUUUCUAUAUUAGAUAACUGUUUCCCUUUUUUUCUCCCUUUUACAGUAUAUUACUGAAAUAUGAAUUUGAGGGGGUUCCUUAAUUGAAAAUGUCACUGUGCAAAAAUGAUUAAUGAUCCAAAAAAUAAACCUCUAUUUCAUGCAAAAACAAAAACAAAAAACAACAACA